CUUCAAAUGACAUUUACCCCAAAUGACAUUCAGCGUAAAUGUCAUUUAGGCAGUGUCACACGGGAACUUAAAUGACAUUCGACUUAAAUGACAUUCGAGCUCAACUGAGUUCGCCCAAACUCAUUUACGGCUCGUAAAUGUGUAGUCUCGUCAACAGCGGUCAGCGCAAGUUCCGCGAAUUGAAAUAAAACAUUAUAAAUAAUAUAAAUACAAUUGAAAACAGUGCUUGUAGCAAUUAUUUUUAGAAAAAAAUGCUUAUAACCUGUAUAUCUCGCACACCUUUUGCGAUAUAUUCGUUUAAUAUACUCGCGGUCUCAGUUGCCCAGUACCAGCCGUUGUCUGCUCGCUCGUCUGCUCGCUCGCUUACCUCGGUUGUUUAGCUUUCCCAUUCCUUUUGCCAUUUAUCUGUCUCAUCUUCUAUUUCUUUUGUUUAUAUUUUAUCAUCGUUUUAUAGUCUUUUAUUCUUGUGUUGUAUAUAAAUAAUAUUUUUGUUGUACAUAUAUAUUUUAUUGUUUUAAGUCGUUUUAAGAACGCGCGCGAAGUGACACCAUGUCGAACGGAGCGGGACCAGCGGGACCUUCGGCCGCGAAGAAGAGGGAACCGCGCGUAGUGUGGACUUCCCAGGAGACCUGGACGUUGAUCCGGCUCUGGGAGGGCAGAAUGGAGGACCUUCGACGCGCCAAGCGUAACGGAGGCGUGUACGAAGAGAUUGCGGAGGAGCUGCUUCGUAGCGGCAUCGUGAGGACGAAGGGCCAGGUCCACACCAAGAUAGAAAAUUUGACCAACACGUACCGAAAACACCUGAGGGAAGGGACCACCACGGGUUCCGGUGCCAUGAAGUGGCCCUUCUUCUGGGACCUCAACCGACUGUUGGGGUCCCUACCGCUGAACGACACGACCCUCGUGGAUGAAAGCCUAGCUUCUAACCAUGCUACACCAGCAGUAGUGGAGUUGCUCUCCGACAUGCAAGAGGGAGGCGUGGUCGAAGUAGACUACUUCGAGGAGCCCGUCGAGGAACCGGGAGAGGAGCUGCGUGGCGAGGAAAGCCAAGUCACCAGCACCCCCGCCACUACAAGUGUCAGCAGGCCGGGGCCCAGCAGCGUCAAUGGCACGAGUAACGUGCCGCCCAGGCCACAGAAAAGGAAGAGGCCGCAAGCUCCAAGCACCGCAUAUAUUAAAACGGUGAUUGAUGAGCAGAGGCUGCUCAGGCAGAGUUUUGAGGCAUCGAGGGCAAGAGAGUUCGCCCUACGCGAGCGGGAAAUAGUCCUGCAAGAAACCGCCAUCAAGGUGCAGCAAGAGCUCGCGACUUCAUUGAUGGCUUUCAUGAAUAAAAAUGCCUCAUAA